CGCUCCUCGCCGCUGAGACCAAAUCCCAGAUCCCCGUUACGCAGCUGAAGGAAUACCGUUCCGUUCGUAAACCCAGGCACGGGCCCGGGAGCCGAGAGGAGCGCCAUGGGAGAAGAGACCCUCGUGGCCAUGCCGCUCGCGCCCCACCACCACGGCCACCAGCACCAUCACCACGCCCGCCUCGACGCGCUCCCGCACCACGCCGCCCCCGCGCAACCGCCUCAGCAGCAGCAGGCGCCUCCGCCGGAGCCAAUCCCGGCGGACAAGGAGGAGGAACGGGACCGUGGCGGCGGCGGCGUCGACCCGCCGGCGCCAGUCCCGCGGCCGGAGGCCGCGCUCGCCGCCGAGGUGGGGGAGGACGUGUACUACGCGCGCAGGAUGCUGCAGGGCGCAGUGCUGCGGCCGCCGCCGCACCUGCCGCAGCCGGAGGCGCCGCCGGGCCUGGCCAGGGCGCUCUCCGCGCCCGCGCGCCCGCACGGCCACGCGGAGGAGGAGGAGGCGGAGGAGGAGGCGGGAGGGAAGCAGAGACCCGUGGAUCGCUCAGCCUCCGCGAACUCCGCCGUCGUGGACGUGGCGUCCAUCGGGCGGUUCCUCCGCGACCGCCGCGACGUGCUGUCGUCGGCCAUCACCCGCCGCAUCUCGUCGCUCAAGGAGCCCACGGCGGCGCCGGCCGCGGCCGACACCUACGGCGUGCAGGAGAUCCACCUGCCCAACGUGAAGGUCACGGUGCGCCUCAAGGACGCGAUCGCCGCCGACGCCGCCGAGGACGACGACGGCGUCGCCCUGGGCGGCGUCGGCGGCGACGCCUACUCCUUCUCGGGCGGGCACAUCAAGGGCCGGGUGAGCUUCUUCUCCCGCUCGGGCUGCCGCGACUGCGCCGCCGUGCGCGCCUUCUUCCGGCAGUCCGGCCUGCCCUACGUGGAGAUCAACCUGGACGUGUUCCCGGAGCGCGAGGCGGAGCUGGCCUCCCGCGCGGGCGGCGCGGCCCGGGUGCCCCAGAUCUUCCUCAACGAGAAGCUCCUGGGCGGGCUCGUCGUGCUCAACUCCCUGCGCAACAGCGGCGAGUUCGAGCGCCGCGUGCGGGAACUCGCGGGCCGGCGGUGCCCCGACUCGGCGCCCCGGGUGCCCGUGUACGGAUUCGACGACGAGGCCGGCGGCAAGGAGGACGCCAUGGUGGGCGUCGUGAGGGUGCUCCGGCACCGGCUGCCGAUCCAGGACAGGUUCGUCCGGGUGAAGCUCGUCAAGAACUGCUUCUCCGGCGCCGACAUGGUGGACGCCAUCGUGAACCAUCUGGAGUGCGGCAGGAGCAAGGCGGUGGAGAUCGGCAAGGAGCUCGCAAGAAAGCACUUCAUCCACCAUGUCUUCAGGGAGAACGACUUCGACGACGGCAGCCAGAACCUGUACCGGUUCCUGGAGCACGACCCUGCCGUCCCCAAGUACUACAACUUCCGGGGCUCCACCAACGACGGCGAGCCCAGGCCGGCGGCCGCCGUCGGCCACAGGAUGACCAAGAUCAUGCUCGCCAUCCUGGAGGCCUACGCCUCCGACGACCGCCGCCACCUCGACUACAGCCGCAUCGCCGCCAGCGAGGAGUUCAGAAGGUACGCGAACCUGGUGCAGGAGCUCCAGCGGGCGGACAUGACCGCGCUCCCCGCGGAGGAGCGGCUGCCCUUCUUCCUGAACCUGCACAACGCGAUGGCCAUCCACGCCGUGAUCCGGGUCGGCCAGCCGGGCGCCGUCGACCGGCGGCCCUUCUUCUCCGACUUCCAGUACAUCGUCGGCGGGCACCCCUACUCCCUCGCGGCCAUCAGGAACGGCAUCCUCAGGGCCAACAGGCGGCAGCCGUACACGCUGGCCAAGCCGUUCGGCUCCAACGACAGGAGGCUCGAGGUCGCGCAACGGAGGGCGAAUCCGCUCGUGCACUUCGCGCUGUGCGACGCGACGCGGUCGAGCCCGAUCGUCCGGUUCUACACGACGCAGGGCGUGGAGCCCGAGCUCCGGCACGCGGCCAGGGAGUUCGUCCUCCACGGCGGCGUUGAGAUCGACCUGGAGAGCCGGACCGUCCACCUCACCAGGAUCAUCAAAUGGUACAGCGCUGACUUUGGGCAGGACAGGGACAUUCUCCGGUGGCUCCUCAACUACCUGGACCCGACCAAAGCCGGCCUCUUGACGCACCUCCUCAACGACGGCGGUCCGAUCAGCAUCUCCUACAUGAACUAUGACUGGUCCCUGAACGUUUGAGAGGAUUCAUCCAAGUCUACUUGUGCGUACAUUGGUGAAGCUUGGGGGCGAGCCACGACCCACGAUACAGUCAGAGUUGCAGUCAGUUGGGUUGGCCAUUGGCUAAUGGCCAAUAGGACGAACCACUGAGCAUAGAUGUCAGAAGUAUGUGGAGCAUAAUCAGUGGAGGGAAGCCUGGAGUAUGUAUAUAGCAUUGUGAGCUCCAAUAGGGAAAGAAAAGAGUAGGUUUAUGUGGGGAAUGCACUCUUUUGUUUAGGUGUUGCAUUUUUCGUAUUGAAGAGGUGUAUGCAGUUUGGUAAUGAUGAAGUGACGCAGAACAUUUGGAAACUUGAUGAUAUGUAGGAUUUAUGCUUUCCUUUAGGGGGAGAAAUGAUUAUCUUUUAUUUCACGCAAUUGAAA